CGGCCUCGCUCGCUGGCUGGCUGCCCCCUCGCGGCGGCGCGUUAUCAGUUCCGGUUCCGCCACGGGUUGUCACGGGUUACCGGCUCUGAGCUUCUCGAUCCCGGUCUGGAUUCCAGGGGGAGAGAUGCUGGAGCGGCGUGAGUGACCGACUGGGUUCAUGAACUAGAGUUCUAACUAUAGGUGAUUUGCCAAAGGAAAAUAUUGCUCAACUGUUAGAACACCAUGCUGGAAGAGGAUAUUGAAGUAGCUAUCAAGGUGGUAGUUGUUGGCAAUGGAGCUGUUGGUAAAUCGAGCAUGAUUCAGCGGUACUGCAAGGGUAUUUUCACCAAGGACUACAAGAAAACUAUUGGAGUGGAUUUCUUGGAAAGACAAAUUCAAGUUAAUGAUGAAGACGUCAGAUUAAUGUUGUGGGAUACAGCAGGGCAAGAGGAGUUUGAUGCUAUUACAAAAGCCUACUAUAGAGGUGCUCAGGCGUGUGUGCUGGUGUUUUCCACAACAGACAGAGAUUCCUAUGAGGCUAUACCAAGCUGGAAAGAGAAGGUUGAAGCUGAAGUCGGAGACAUCCCUACAGUCCUGGUACAGAACAAAAUAGACCUCCUGGACGAAACUGUACUUAAAAACGAAGAAGCAGAAGCCCUAGCUAAAAAGCUGAAGCUUCGGUUUUAUCGAGCUUCUGUGAAGGAGGAUCUCAAUGUCAAUGAAGUUUUCAAGUAUCUGGCUGAGAAGUAUCUUCAGCGACUCAAACAGCAUACUACUGAAGAACAGGAACAAGUACAUGUGACAAGCAAUCGCAUAGGAGUAUUUAAUACAGCUGGCGGCAGUCACUCUGGCCAGAAUUCCAACAUGAUAAAUGGUGGAGCAGUUAUCAGCCUUCGGCCAAACAAGCAGAGGACCAAGAAGAGCAGAGGCCUUGGAGCCCGCUGUGGAAAACUCUAGCGGUCUCAUAAUAUGUGCUGUCUGUGCAACUGUUGCGAUCAGUAAGGGUUUUUAAUUUGGACAUUCUGACACUUCAGAGGUAGAGUAUAAUUACAGACACUCUAGUACUUGGCUGUCAACAACUAAGAUAGUACAGAGGCUUUGAAAAGCAAAUCAUUCGGCCCAAAAUUGGUUGAAGGUUGUGAUAGUUUAAAAGUGGAACGAUGCCUGUCUGUAAAUGGGACAUGUGACCACUGACUUGUCUGAUUUACUGUCGCUAUGUAUGGAUCAGAUUGAAGAUGUUAGGUUUGUUUACAAGUUAUUCACGUUUUAUUCCGAAAAUCAAUGUGCUCAAGUUGUGCAGCAUUUCUGCAUCCAGCCAGAUCUACCGUAUUAUCUAAAAGGAAAGCAAUCAUGAAUGCAGUAUGAUUUAAUCUGUGAAAGCACUUCCUUCAAGUGAGAAAGUAGCCCAGUUACCAGGACCAAGAAUCACCAGAUCAAGCUUAAAAUACUUAAGAGAAUUUGCUAUCACCCUUUUUUUAAGAAAAGCAUUUUAUUGAAUUAUGAAAUUCUAUUGUCAUUUGAACAGAUAUAACAAAAACAUUGCCAUUUGUGCUUUACAUUUGUGGUUAUUAAUUAAUGGGACUAACUUCAGUGACCUGUGCAAUAUUUCAGUGUUGGAUGCAGCUGAAGUAAGAUAUUUUUUCACUAGGAGUAGUGGGUUUUUUGGAUGGUUUGAUUUGAUUGUACUGUUUAGAUAUGUUUUAAACAAUUGGCAUUUGGUAUUUCAAUGUUUGUAAUCAUACAAUCGCUGUUUGUAUACUAGAGACAUUUUUUUACGGAACAUUUGUCAUCAUGCCUGUUGACUGCUUGCAUGUAAGUUUUUAAGUAAUUAUCUUCACAGGCCUUAUUAUUCAGACUGACAUUUGCAUGAGUGCCAAAUCAGUACUACAACUAUUGCCUUUGUCUUUCCUUGUUUCUGACAAGAAUAUAAGGCACCCCUACUAGGAUUCUGAAAUGAAAAGGUAAGUAGAGCCUACUGCAAGAGGCACUGUCUGGAGUUGCUUUACCUGACCACACUACUUUUAUGCCAUACUACGUGUCUAGAGAUCACAAUUUCCUGACUGCAUGAUUUUUAUUUUUAUUUUAUGUGGAUAUAAACUCCCUGCCUGAGCUUUCUAUUGUACUCCUUUACAACUGCUCACCUCUAGCAAGUAACAGCACUCAGUUGUUGAAUUAAAGAGUAUAGAAUUGGUGAGCAGGAGGUGAUGAACUGGCCCAUCAAGCCUGCCUCCCUCUCAUGAUGGACAGGUUUCUUGAUUGAACACUAUUUUUCUCACACCUCUCCUCUCAGACAUCCAAUCACCUGGACAGAUAUUCCUGAAAACAUAUUCUUGGGAAAUUCCUCUUCACCUUCCUCAAGCAAUCAAAACUGGACUGGAUAAUGAGGUGGACCAAUUGUUUCAUAUUUUUAAAAUCUGGUUAUUUAAGGCACUGCCAGGAAAGACACUUUGAAUAAAACAUCUUCCUCAGAGGUGAUGUCAGGGGAAUGAGAUUGACUGACUGUGCUGCUCACUUUGUGGCACAACAGAGGUAUUUCACAAUGUGUUUCUCUUUUGCUUCUAGCCAGGAAUGUUCUUUGUUAAUAUAGCUGAAAUGAAAAACACCAAUGAAUUAUUCUGCUAUUCACACAGUACUGACAGGUUAAGCAUUUACAUUAAAGUAAGUCAAACUAAAAUAUAAUCUUAGAUUUCUCUACGCACAGACCGACUGGUCAUCCGUGCUUUUCUAUUGCUGUUUACAAUAAGUAGCAUUUUCACUUUUAAAAUGGGUAGAAUUUUUUGAGAUUUGCAGUAUACUAACACUCACCAAAGGAAUGUGCAUUGGUUGUCCCUUAGGAUCAAAUGGUUAAUUAUGAAAUACUUAGCUGCCAUUUUCUUCUAAAGAAUUUUACGACAAGAAGCAGACCAGUUAGGCCAACCGAUUCUUGCUAGUGUUCAUGUUACAAACAACCAACAACACUCCCAAGAAGUACCAUUCACUACUGAAUUUAGGUUUUCUAAUAGAUUUUUAUGAUCAAAAAGGUAUUUUGUGUGCAUGUAUGUAUAACAUUGUCAGCUGAGGUUUAAUACAGGUUGUUUUAAAGCCAGUCUUAUGCAGUGUUCCAGAGUGUGGCGUUUUUGUAGUUUUGAACUUCUUAGCUGUGCUUCUGGUUUAUGAGUCAUGUGUGUACAGUUGUUCAAGGACCAAUAACACAUGCAAAUGAGGAGAAGGGGCAAAGUGCAAAUGCUGGGCAUAUGAAAUGAAGUACACACCAAGUUGUUAAAUGUUGGCCCUGCCAUUGAGCUGUGACUGAAUAAUAUUUACAUUUUGUAAAAGUUGUUGCUUGCAAGUGGAAGGUUGAGAUUCGGUCCAUUUUGGAUGAAGAAUCCAAUCUGUGAGGUUUAGACAGAUCUUUCUUUGUGUCGAUACCCCCUACUGUUUCCAAGAUUUUUUUUGUUUGAUUUUGAAGGCUAGUUCUUCUCAAUAUACAUUCCCUGAUGUAUAUGUCCUUGCAGGAAAAAUCUAAGAACACAGCCUGAGUUUGUCCAUGAUCGUCCAACAACAGGCACCAUGCUCGGAAGAGUACAUAAGGCAUAUUAGCCCUUGUUUCUGUUGUCGUGCUAAAAUAUUUUGUAUGAUUUUGUUUACUUUACUGUUACAUAUCAUUAAUUGAUGUAAUUUUAUUGGUGCCACAGCUGUGCCUUCCAGUUAAUCAUAUAAUAUAGCAUUAGAGGCCAUUCAGCCUAUUGUGCCUCUGCUAGCUCUUUCAAUGAGUUACUUGUUAAUUCCGGUCACCUAUGAACAUUUCCCUUGAUCUGUGCCCCUUUUCAAAUUGCAUGAUGCAAAACACUGCUGGCACAGUGCCUAGCCACUACUGGUCCACUCAUCUAAACCCAAAUGCACAUUGGUCAAUGUUGGGUGAAAGCACUGUCUGAUAGGAGAUCUGAGCGUUUUGACUAAUCAGUCUGAUUGCAGUGAUACACAGAGAUUGAAUUUUGGAGCAUGUAAAGAAUGGGUGAAUCCUAACCAGUUGCCUAAUUCUGAUCACUAUGCAAGAGUUGUACGCUUGUGAUAACACAAUGUCUCAGCCUUACGAACCACCUUUACCCCCAACUGUGUGGGGAAAAGGGAUUUGAUGUUAGGAUAUGUGGAAUGUGUUGCAAUUGGGCAAGGAUAAAACCCUUGUAAACAACUUAUUUGUAUUUGAUCCCAGAGAUUUUUUAUUUCCUUUUAACUUUAACCUGAUUAAUUUCCAGGCACCUGUUUUUUGUAUGUUCAUUAACAUAUUCUCAUCACUGCACUCUAAAUCAUUUCUCAAGUGCCUCAUUUUUUUUCAGCUGAGCCCUUCAUCCCAUCAACUUUGGUCUUAAAAAUCCUAUGAAGACUAGAUAUUCACUCGGACAAAAUCCCAGGAGUAGUUUACCACUAGGGCCAGUUGCCGGUCAGCUUGAAAGGUGAAAUAUAUAUAAGAUAUUGUGUGUUCUGUUGCCAGCUUCUAUUCUCAGUAGCUGGAAAUGGUUGUUUGAGUUUCAGUGUACAAUUAUUAUAAUAUAGGCCAGGUGUCAACAGUCAGAGAUGUUGUAUACAUCUGGCACUUAUUCUAUUAUUAGUCCUUUUUUAUAGGUUUUUUGUGAUGCAUUACUUAUUCCUUUAGAUCGCAUGUCAGCUCUGGCUCAGUGGGUAGCACCCCCUUUUCUGAAACACAAAACUCCAUGUUCAAGUUGUUCUCAAUGUGUUAGCCCACAAAUAAAGGCUGAGAGUCUAGUAUAGUGCUGAAGAGCACUGCACUGUCAGAUGCCAUCUUUCAGCUGAGAUCUUCAACCAAAAUACCAAUGGCUGCUUGGAUGGAUUACUACGGUACUACGGAAGAGCAGCGGAGUUGUCUCUGUUCUGACCAACAUUCAGCAUCCUAAAAUGUAGCUUUUUUGUCUCUGUUCUUUCUAGCUCUUGCAGCAUUUUACAAUGUGCAUUUCAUAUUCCACUUUAACAUUCUUGCUGCUGCUCCCACCCCACAGGAAUACAUUGAACCAAUUAAAAUUAAUAUGAAGAGAUUGUUUCACAAGCAGAAAGGUGAAGGUAUUAAAGACGUGCUGACCUCUAGUUCUGAGUGUCGUUACCUUCUUUCAUCUCUCUUUUUUCUCACACUCACUCACUCUCUCUUCCUCCUCCUCCUCAACCUCUCCCCUGCCCCCAAUUACCCCACAUGAAUUUGGUUUAGAAUGAUUCAUUCAGCCCAUCAUGAAAAACUAUUUAAUUGGUCCCAAUCCAUAAUCUCCUAUUAGUUCUGCAAUAUUUUUGAGCAUUUAUGUAACUUCCAUUUGAGUUAUUGAAUCAUCUUCCUCUGCACUUUGACAUUUCCAGGUUAUCAUUAAUAUUCAAACUAAAAUCUCUCACCCGUGGUCUUCUAUCAAAGAGUUUAGAUCUACCUCCUCUGGUUACUAACACUGUUUCCCUUGAAGACCUUUUUAAAAAUUCAUUCAUGGGAUGUGGGUGUUGCUAGCUGGACCAGCAUUUAUUGCCUAUCCCUACUUGCCCUUAGAUAGUGGUGAGCUGCAUCCUUGAACUGUUGCAGUUUGUGUACUGUGGGUAGAUUCACAAUACUGUCAGAAAAGGGUAUUCCAGGAUUCUGACCCAGCGAUACAUUUCCAAGUCUGGAUGCUGAGUGGCUUGGUGGGGAAUUUGCAGACGGUGAUGUUCUCAUGUAUAUGCUGUAUUUGUCCUUCCAGGUGGUGGUGGUCAGGGGUGUGGAAGGUACUGUCUAAGAAUCUUUGAUAAAUUUUAGCAAUACAUCGUAUAAAUGAUACACAUUGCCACUAAACAUAGGUAGUGGAUGUUUGUGGAUCUGAUACCACUCAAGUGAGUUGCUUUGUCCUACAUGGUUUCAGGUUUCUGGAUUGUUGUUGCAGGUGCACUAUCCAGGCAACGCUACUAACAAACUCCUGACUUGCCUCGUAGAUGGUUGCACAAGUUUUUAUUUUCUCUUUGGUUGUCUCAUCAAUACCUUCAAAGAUAUUAUAUUCUUUAUUAUGUCUUCCCUUAGCUUGUUCUGCUAUAUGAAAUAAUGGGGGGAAGGGGACACUGACUUUUAGUUCAUUGCAGAACGUAAAAAACAAGUUACCUGGUCUUUGGUAUUUAUGUUCCAUGUUAAUUUUCUCUCACCCUCUCAAUAUACCUUUCUAUUCCUUUCUCUUCUGUUUAUCCAGGUGAUGAUGUUCCUCCUGAAUUUUUUAUUGCAUUUGUCAGUGACAGAUUUGUAAGCCUGUGUUUUGGUCUCUUUCCCCCUCCACUCCAACUCCCUACUAGUGGAGACAUCUACGUGAUUAAAAUCAUUUCCCAAUCUCAGACCUCUAUUGUGUCUCCCUCAGUAAAAGGCAAACAGAGAAACGUUCUUUGAAAUGUAAAGAAUUUGCUGACCUAUUUACUUAGUGAGCUGAUCAGAAUUCCAAGGGAAAAUAAUGACCAAGGUCCAAUGUUGGCACCUAUUUGGAAAGAACAGUUAAAAGGAUUAGAAGUGGAAAAAUUAUAGCUAAUUGGCCUCUCUCCAAUUUCUCUUCAUUAAUACUGCUAAAGUUGAGAUCACUGAGCUGUGCAUAGUGUAGCCCAUUCUGACAUGUUGCCCCUCAUAUACCCUGUAUGAGAGUUGCUGUUUUCCUUGUUGAGUUACUAUGGAGACACUUGAGCUCUUAACGGGGGACUCCAGACAGAAGUUGUACACCACUCCAAAAUCUGCUUCACUAGAUAAUGCCAUGCAAUGAUUUUAUGCUAUCCGCAAGGAACAUCUCUUGAAAUUUGCUCUUGAACAUGUUGAUUUUUGUAGUGAUUUCAAUUAAUGGCCAAUAGCAUCAUUUUGUAAUUUCCAGCAUGCAAAUUGGAAACAUGAUAUUCCUGAUUUUACUUUUGCUAAAAACAUCAAAAUUGCAUUUAAUUCUGUUUUAAAAUACUGCUUUCAUGCAGAAUAUUUUGCAAAAUUGGGGAAAGUUGAAUAAAUAUAUAUACAAUCCCAAUAAAUGAAUGAAUGAAACAGAAUUGCUGCUAUAUAGGUCUUGCUAACUAACUCAAUUCUAUAAGCACUGUGUAUUGCCUUGAUAUAAAGUUUUUUGAAGGUAUGAACAUUCUCAGUUGUUUUGUUCUAGUUUAGGAUCAAGUCCAAUUCUGCUUUUGCAAGGGGAAGCUGUGAUGUGGUUUUCAUAAUUAGUUGCUGUAUUGGCAAUGGAGACAAUUCACUUUGGCAAUGUGAUUUAUGCUGAUGUGAUCACUCAGACAUGUAUGGAAUGACUUUAUCCACUUCCUCUGAAAGGCAUAUUGAUAUCCCCUAAUAUAUCAGUCAUUGCAAAUUGGUUAUUGGGCUUAUACUUCCAGGUGUGUAAUCUAUUAGUUUUGUUGUAUGGUGAUUUAUUUAUGGUGUGUGUUAUUCUUUCACUCUGACUGCUGAUAUGCAUGUAAAAGCCUGUUAUAUAGUGCCACACUAAAAUUAAUCACAGUACAAUUUUAGCAGUUUUUUAAUUAUAUCUGCAUAACAACAUUAAUAAAAAGAAACUCUAAUUAAAUUUGAUGACUUUUG